AUGUACAGCAACUUUUCUCCCGUUUCUUCCGGGGACCAACGUUACGAAGAACCCUCCUCGCCUCUUGACUUCGAGGAAAAAGCAGAGAGGCUCAUCGCAAUGCAAUCCUCACACAUCAACCCUGUCUCACCCGACUUAUCUUCAUCUUCGCCAAAUCCAUGCACGGCCACUCAGCAACUUCACGAAGACAACGCAACAGAUAAAGAUUCGUGCAGUAUCAACGUUUCUACAGUAAAUUUGGACCCAGCAAACAGUGCUUCUUAUUUCCUCCUUACUUCAUCGUCUGCUUCUGAAGCUGUGAGGUCAUCGUCCAAUACAGUUGCUGGCGCUUUGUGCCCCGAGGACACAUGUUAUCAACAACCUACAGUGACACACGCGUUGGUGAGUGAGGAUGUCUUCGAGGAUCAGAGUGACAAUAUUCCCUUCAACUGCACAGGUGAAUUCGACAUGAACGAGGCAGCUAAGAGACUUUUUAUGACAGCUUCCAACAGCCCGGACGAAAAUGCAAAGCAAGGUCAAGAAAAGAAGAAGAAGAAGAAACCUUCGAAAGAGAAAAGCAGAAGUGCCAUACGAUUCCAUGCCAACUAUCAACGCCAUCCGAAACCACCCUAUCCCUACACUGGAAUGAUCAUCCAUGCGAUCAACUCAACCACAGAGAAGAGCCUGACACUCACCGGAAUCAUCAGCAAACUGAAGGAGAUGUUCACCUUCUUCAAGGGCAGCUACACCGGCUGGAGAGACUCCGUCCGACACAACCUAUCCCAUAACGCCUGCUUUGUGAAAGGAGGUCGAUGUUCCAAACCAGAGAGCAAUGGGAACCUGUGGCAUGUAGAUAUCUCCAAAGCGCCCAUCAACUGCUUCAAACUUCAGGACACACUUGUGGCACGUGAAGGACACUGGGCCCAAGAUCUCCACGCUCAGAUUGGAUUCCCGGAAAUCCACAUUCCUGCCAAGAAACCAAAGCCAGUCGUCAGCACCCAGGAGUUUCCGUGGACCACGAAAGACGAUGAGGACAAUUCGUCAAGUGUGUGCAGUGACGAGGCCUACAGCAACUUCAGUCCAGAGUCGAACUACGCAGUCCCACUCAGUGUUACCCCGCCUUCUACAGCCAGCGACGAGUUCAUAUCAGCGCCAUGCAACGAGAGUCUUACCGAGUCAAGAGAAGUACCUGCCUUUCUGUCUGACACCAGCUUUGACGACCAUAGCGUGGGACCUGUGAAAUCCGGGAAAGUCUUGCGACACACCAGACGAUACAACCCAGCAUGGAACAAGAGAAACAACGGAGACGUAAUGAAAACCAUCGCCCGAAAAGCAGCUAGAAAUGUCAUCCAUCAAUCGAUCGCGGAAGACCGAAAGCCACUUUGUCCGUCUGCUCAGUAUCCACAGCUUCCAAAUCAAUAUCUUCAGUAUGAAGUCCAUCAUUACGAAGAUCAGCAGCACUACCCCAGUUCCAGCUACUAUCCACAUGCAGCGUACCCGACUUACGAAUAUCCCUCAGCUUUCCAACCUUACCAGUGCCCACCAGCGAUGAACCCAUAUCCAGGUUAUCCAUUUGUCUCUGCAUUCGAAGCCCAGCCACAGCAUUACGCCGGAUAUCCGUAUCAUCACUACCAAGCAAUGGACUGGAACCCGUACCCGCAUCCACUUCCAUCUUGGAACUGUGCCAACUACCAGAACCAAUUCCAACCGCAGACAACAGAUGACAUCAUGACUGGAAGUAGUGCGUUUUCUCAGGAACAGAACCCUGUAGAUCUCAGUGUAGGCCGGGUUCCUUACGUCGAGACAGAAGAUAAAUAA